GGUUGGGAUCGAAAGCAGAGGCUGAAUCCCAAACCGCCCCCUACACACUAUCCCUACACACUACCCCUCCGUUUGCGCGUUCCCGUGGAGGGUCCUCCAUAUUAAGGGCCGUCCCAAACCACGUAGUGCGGAGGGAGAGUGGACUGUUCAGCCCUUAAAUAGCGAGUCUGCAUCGAUGCUCACUCCGGACAAUUUUUUCAGGAAGUGCAACGUCGAAAUGGAGGAGGAAACAACAUAUUGAUAUGUCUAUGCACCGCUGCCUCGGCUGGCCCCGAAGCAAGAUGGCGGCGCUGCAGGCACAUCGCUCGAGUCGACUGGCGCAUUCAAACACACGAAGAAGAAAAGCUUCCGCUCAAAGCCGGAAGUGGCGCCAAAAUCCAAAAGUUGUUUUUUCCGCUGGAGGACAGAAGGACAGAAGGACUAACUAACCUUCCACACUUGACUAGUUUAUUUAGUAUUUUAUUUCCUCAGAAGGACUAACUAACUCCUCGUCAGGAACUGGUCCGGACCAGUUAGUCCAGUCUGAGCUCUAAAAUGGAUCCUACGUCGCGGUUCUUCUCCAGACUGAGGAAGCUGGCGGUGACUCUGGAGUCUGAGACCUCCAGACUCCAACAGACGUUUGAAAGCCGUAAAGAGGAACCAGACAGAGAAACCACAGCGAAGGCGAUGGGAACGUACCACGAGCUGAACUUCAGCGUGGGGAGCCUGAAGGCUCAGAUCCAGGAGCAGCUGGUCCAGCAGAAAGCUCAUGAGAAUGAGGUGGACAGCUUCAUCCAGGCCUGUAGAACGAUGGAGCAGAAGGUCAGCAGAGAUGUCCAGAUCCUGAAGGCUCACUGGGAGGAAUAUGGCUACCAGGCUCCAACCAAAGCUCAGGAGGCUGAGGAUGAAGGUCCUGAAGAAGGUGAGGCUGAGCCAGCAGAGAGGGAAGGAGGAGGCCAGGAGGAGGAUGGAGAGAACCUCAGCUCUUCUCCUCCAGCAGCACCGACCUUCAGCGACGUGAUGAGAACCCCUCAGCUGUCCGACUUCGGUCUGUCUGAGAUGCAGCUGAAGAGAACUCUGGCUGGAGCUGAGUGGUGCUCUGAGGUUCCUCCCAUGCCUGAGAUGAACCUCCCUCACCCAGCGCUGUCCACACCAGCUCCACCUCUGCUGCCUUUAACUCCAAAACGGGCUCUCCGGAUGGAAGACGAGGAGCUCCAGACGCCUCAGAUGCACGACUUCGGCAUCUCGGAGGACAACGACUUCACUGCGAAGCUGCUCCAGAAGAACGCUGAGGAGCCCCACAGACCAGCGCAGGACCAGCCUGGACCACCAGAGGACUCAGUGUUGGACCGUUUCCAGACCAGAGCUGACAUCCUGGCGUCUCCAGAGCUGCCGGUUCUCUGCACUCCAGGACUGAAGAUCAGGAAGACCAACGGUCGGAGCUCCUCAUCUGAACCAGACUCUGGAGAGCCAGAAUCCCCCACUGGACCCAACCUGCCCAGCACCCCCCAGGUCCCAGCCUUCCAAACCCCGUACAUGACCCGACUGGUGAGCACCAAGAAGAGUUUCCGGCAGCCGGAGCCGAUCAGCCUCCAGAGUGAAGAACUUCCAGCUUCUCCUCCUAAAGGAGCUCCAGGCUCCAAGCGCUGCUGGGAGAACAAGGUUCUGGAGGUUUGUGAGACGGGUUUGGGAGACGAGCAGAUGCCGGAGAUGCCGAGCCUGGAGUCAGUCCUGGGGAACUCUUUACAGAGGAGGAACCCUAAAGUCAUGAAGCUCAGUGACCAGGAGAAGCUGGUGGCUGAUCUGGAGCUGGACGGAGCCACUCAGGAGUUCAGUCUGGGGACGCCUCGGAUCAGAAGCAGCUACCAGGAACCCGGGACGCCCGAGAUGCCCGACCUGAGCUCAGUGACCCAGGACAUCUGUAAGCUGGUGUCUCAGGCUCAGCUGAGGAAAACCAUCACAACCAUGGAGCCACAAGUCAGAGCAGAAAAACCCAGAAACAGAUCUGAGGCUCUAUCUGUGGUGUCAGACGGAGAGUUCCAGAGUUUACCCAACUACCUGAGGCAGGUGACGCUACACAACCUGAACCAGGCCGUCCACAACAUCAACGCCUUCACAGAGCAGCGUCCAGGAGGAACCUCAGAGUUUCAGAUGGAUCAGCUGAAGAGGAUCAUCGGUGUUGGAACCUUGGCUCCUGUUUACGUCCUCUGUCUGACGGAGCUGAAGAGGCUGAAGCAUGUUGGAGGAGUCAAAGAAAAUUCUGUGUACAAACUGAUCAGUAAACACUGAUUCACAGCUCCCAUCUCAUCAGGAGAACCUCGGUGUUGGUCUGUCUGUCAGGUCCUGAACAGAACCUGAUCCAUCCACUGCCUCCACCAAAGCAGCAGGUCUGGAUGUUCUCCAUGUGUUUGUAUUUAGACUGUAAAUAGUUCUGGGGUCUGUUCUAUAAACUGUAAAAUAAAACUCCACAUUUCUGUAGAGAACAGCUGUAGACAUAAAGAGAGAUUUCACCUCAGAAAUAACACAACUAUGAACUGAAGAAGGAAUCAGAUCAGAUUUCCAGCAUCAGUCGUUCCGUGUUCUCGGAGUUUAAUCUGUCACAUAAAGGAAUAAAGAUGCUCUUUGGUUUAAUCAUGA